GCCAUAGCCCCACCCGUCUUCCCGGCCUAGCCGGGCCGCUAGCCCUGUCAGAUACCUCCCCGGCCCCUUGAUUCUCCGCGUCUUCCUCGCAGGCCAGCCUAAUCUCAGCCUGCAUUGCGCCCUCCCGGCCUAGAGUGUCGCUGUACCGGCCUCCGAGCUCCACACAGACAAGUCCAGAGCUCGGGCGGGGGCAGGAGACGGAGCUGAGCGGCGGGGGGCGGUGUCGCCUCGGUCUAGGGACGGCGGCGGAGUCGGUGGUCCCCGCGCGAUGGCCACCUCGGUGUUGUGCUGCCUGCGGUGCUGCAGAGACGGCGGGACUGGCCACAUCCCUCUGAAGGAGAUGCCGGCCGUGCAGCUGGACACGCAGCACAUGGGAAUCUGGGGUAUUGGUGUUGCAACUCAGAAGGUUAACUUGAAUCAGAUUCCUCUUGGCCGAGAUGUGCACAGUCUGGUGAUGAGAAAUGAUGGAGCCCUUUACCACAACAAUGAAGAGAAAAAUAGGCUGCCAGCAAACAGUCUUCCGCAGGAAGGAGAUGUGGUGGGUAUUACUUAUGACCAUGUCGAAUUAAAUGUAUACUUGAAUGGAAAAAACAUGCAUUGUCCAGCAUCAGGUAUACGAGGGACAGUGUAUCCAGUUGUUUAUGUUGAUGACAGUGCAAUUUUGGAUUGCCAGUUCAGUGAAUUUUAUCAUACGCCUCCACCUGGUUUUGAAAAAAUAUUAUUUGAACAGCAGAUCUUCUGAAUGUAUUUGUUCUUAAAACUUGUAUUUCUGCACUGUUAAAAAAUGUUCAUCAUUUAAUAAAACUUUACUUGGCCUAUAGAUGAAAAUAUAUUCUUAAAAAUAUGCUUGUUGAUGCUGUCUAAGGAACCAGUGUAUUCAGUAUGCCACUCUGAAGUUGUGAUUUAAAAUACUUUAUGUUUUGUGAAAUGAAAAUAAGCAUUUGGGCAGUUUAUUUAAUUCUUAUUUAAAUAAAUAGAAUUAUGGGUUUAAUUAACAGUAUAACAUGACUAUAUAUACAUAUAUAUUUAAAGGGGACUCUUUCUUACAUAAUAUAUUUGUUUUGAUAGAGAUGUAGAGUUGGGUGGGUGUUUUUGUCAUUCUGAAGUUUAGACCUCAUUAAAUAUUUGAGGUCUGCAGUUGGAUAAUUUUGCCGCUUAGUGUCCUUUUUUAUAUACAAUAUAACAAAGUGAGAGAAAUUUAUAUUAUUGGCAAUUUCAUUUUUGGCAAUCUAUUUCUGUAUCAUGUGCCACUUUUCUUAAAACUUAAAUUGCUUAUUUUGUUAUGUAAUGUCAUUGCUUUUCAUUUGCUUUGUGAAAGGAGAUAAACGUUUCAGUAAUUGUCAGAGCAUUUUGUUGCCUCAGGCUGUGUUACCUCAAUUUCAGAGUAAGUAGUGGUUGAUUAGUAAUGUAGUGUACACUGGCAGACAUCUAGAAUAGUAUGAUGCUUUACAUUUAAAUGAGGUUAUUCUUUUAAGGACUUUUAUUUGUAUGUUUUCUGUAAGGAAUAAUAAAAUAAUUAUAAUUAAGGAAUAUACCGUACUAUAUUAAACACAUUCUAACUAUUUUGUUAGUUAUACACUAAAUUCACAUCACCUGUGAUUAUUUCAGUUCAGAGAUAAGUGAAUCCCCUUCAUGACCCUGAGUCUUUGCCUUGUUCUUAAGAAUCACUGUCCUUUAGUUAACGCCCUGUGACCUGAACCAAUCACUCUAUACAUCUUUAGAUACGUUGUCUGUUUUCAAAUGAGCAUGGCAAAGAUGCAUACAUUUCCCUCCUUUUAUCAACUAGAAACAGUACAUUGUUCAGGAAAACAUGGGUGUUAGAAUUAGAAAGAGAUCCAAAUUGUAGUUUUGCUGCUCAUCCUAUUUUCUCCUCUCCAAGUCUCAGAUUCCCAUUUAUAAAAGGAGCAAUCAUACUGACAUAAGAUUCUAUGAUUAAAUAAGGUAAUACAUAUAUAACACCUUAAUAAUCAUAGGCACUUGCGCCAGGUGCAGUGGCUCACGCCUGUAAUCCCAGCACUUUGGGAGGCCGAGGCGGGAGGAUCACAAGGUCAGGAGAUCGAGACCAUUGUGGCUAACAUGGUGAAACCCUGUCUCUACUAAAAAAAAUACAAAAAAAAAUUAGCCAGGUGUGGCUGGCGGGCACCUGUAGUUCUAGCUACUCUGGAGGCUGAGGCAGGAGAAUGUCUUGAACCCGGGAGGCGGAGCUUGCAGUGAGCCGAGAUUGCCCCACUGCGCUCCAGCCUAGGCGACAGAGUGAGACUCUGUCUCAAAAAAAAUAAACAAAUAAAAAUCAUAGGCACUUAAUAAGUGUAGUUUCCUGGAUGGUAAAGCAUCAGGGAAAGUGGUGUUUUUUUUUUUUCUUGUUUUUUUUUGAGACGGAGUCUCACCUUGUCACCGAGGCUAGAGUGCAAUGGCGCAAUCUCGGCUCACUGCAACCUCUGCCUCCCAGGUUUAAGCGAUUCUCUUGCCUCAGCCUCCCGAGUAGCUGGGACUACAGGUGCCUGCCACCACGCCCGUGUAAUUUUUGUAUUUUUAGUAGAGAUGGGGUUUCACCAUGUUGGCCAGGCUGGUCUCAAACUCCUGACCUCAUGAUCCACCUCCCUCGGCCUCCCAAAGUGCUGGGAUUAUAGGCAUAAGCCACCGUGCCCGGCCAGAAAGUGGUUCUCAUGAUGCGCCUCAGACCGGCAACAUCAGCAUCACUGGAACUUAUUAAAAAUGGACACUCUCAGAACCCACCCCAGACCCACCAAAUCAGUUUGAGAACUGCUGUUCAGUAGAGAAUUAUUUGCCUACUGUAAAUUUUCUAAGGCUUUAUGAUGGGCUAUUUUUGACCCAUAGGCUCAGAGAAUCCUGUAAAAUCCUUUUUUAUUGUUUAUUCGGCAAACAAAAAUGUGACAAUAUGCUUUGAAAACAUAGAUAUACUUGAGUAACAUUUAUUUACAUAAAUCUCAAAUUUUACUUCUGAAGGUAUAUGAAAUUUAGCUAUGUAUGUAUUAUGCAUUUUGUCUGGCUUUCUAUCAUAAUUUUAAUUUGUAAAGCAUGUGCUUACUUGGGAAAGCAAAUUAAAGUGACUACUGUUUGCUAUCGUUA